AUGGCAGUUUCGCCUACGAUUCACCACGGAACUGAGUUCCUCGAGGAAUCGCUUUGGUAUCCGUCAGACGAGACGAGCCCCUCAGUACAAUCCUGUCGCGUGCAAACGCCUCAGCUUAGUGUUGAGACGACCAUCCUCCAAAAGUGUUGCUCUAUCGACAAGAUCUGUCCCUUGAUCGAAAAUUCCGAAAAGGCAAAGGUCAUCGCAGCUAUGGCGCUGAACCUAUUCGUCUUUGACGGCAAACUUCAUCAUAGCCGGAACAACUGGGCGUGUCCAUUCGGACAUUGCAAAAACACCUCUUCUGACGCCCGAACUUUGAUGCGCCAUGUUCUACACUGCCAUCACUUCUCUAGCGACAUGGUGUAUUGCAAUUGCUGCGACAAAGACGACUGUUUCACAGACCAGAGCCAGAACGACGGUUUCUGCAGCGCCGAAGACAAAACUACGCCCUGCCAUGACAAGGGUUCGCCGAUGAAGGCCAAGACCAUGCGCAAGCUCACCAACAUCACGGGCUUUUUCACGCGAAGUCGUCCAGCCUCAAGAUGCUCCUCGCGGGGGCUUGACCCCGUGAGUCCAACUUCGACGACAGUUCGUCGACAAAGCGUCUUUUCGGUCAUGGUUCCAACGCCUAGACCUUCCAGUGCACCUCGGAAGCUGCCUGUUGUCGGUUCUCCAGAGCCAUCAGGUCGGCCAGCAGGUUCGCCCGUCGAUCCGUGCCACGAGAUGGAUGCUGUUUCGUCAGCUUUAUUUGAGGUCCCUGGAACCGGUGUCAUCAGAGCCCAAGAGCUUCCGGCUUCAGAGAACCGUCGCGAAGCCGGCCCGAGCAGCAAGCGGUCAGACUCAGGGUUCUCGGAGCUCUCGGGACUCUCAACGGACGGCGUCACUGCUCCAAUGUUUGCCGACAUGGGAGCCAUGACGGAAUCGCCGACAGAAGACUUGUCCAUGGAUGCAAGAAUUCCCAGCUGGGAUGUACUCCAAGAAGCCAGUGCAGCUUCCUCUCAACAGGUUCCCCACGAGAUGUCGACUGCUCACUUCUCGUUCCCUUCAGCAAGCACCCAUCGGCCCGUCUCACAAUAUCGAUCAGAACAAAGUCGCCAAUCAUAUUGGACGUUUAUGCAACAACCCCUUCGCCAACCGGGCGUACCGCUGUCUUCAGAAAGUGCCCAAUAUGGAAUGUAUGCCACCGAUGACAUCCCCACCAGUGACCACGCCAGCUUUGCGAUGCUUAACCAGAACUCUGGCUUCAAACCAGUGGCCUCUCCUUUGAGUUGGGAACCCACAACUAGUCAAUAUCGACAAGGUUCAGGCGACUCUGGGUUCUCUAAUGGCUCUCACGACAUGGUUGGACCAGGGGAUCCUGACUCUUCAUCCAAGCCUGGUCAUGGUCGACAGUCCAUAUCACACGGCGCUGUACCGAGUAUUAUGGUAGCUGGAAAAACUCCAGACUUCUGCUCCCCGCUGGUGGAAAUGGAUGGUCUUCGCUGCCCUGAAGUGAACACUCAAACCUCGUCCGCAUCGGCGGCUCGCACCCCUACCAACGAACAUCUCGACCAACUUCCACGGACAUCCAACCUCGACAAUUAUCUUCAGCACCAGGCCAACUUUGAGAAGGUGGUAAUUGGCCUGCCUACCGCGCCGAAGGACAUGGACAGGUACUGCACAGUAUGGCAGACGGGAUUCGACGCCUCCAAGAAAUAA